UUGGGUCAUUUCUCCUUUGUCCAGCGACGGAAAGAGGUCGGUAGCUAUUCAGGAUUACACGUGCGGGAGAACAUCUCCUCGAAGGCCGCCAAUAGUCCUGCCAAAAUUUGACGACCGUCUUCUUCUUUGUCAAGUUCCUCGGAAUUUCACCGAUCAAUAAUCGCGUAGUUGUAUAGAAAGGCGUAGUGAUGUCUUCGUUCGGAUGCGUGCUUGCACGGUCUCGCUCAAUCCCCCACUAUGGCAACUUCAGGCCCAGUGCCGUCAAAUCAUCAGCUGCCUUGUCUUGCUCCAUUCGUCGCGGCUCUGGUGUGCAUUCUUCUCUAUCGGUGAUGGAAAAGAAUAUCAAUCAACCAACUUUCUGGUCCUCAGCCACAAUCCUCAAUCUGGACGAAUUCUACCAAAGAGAGGCUGCAGAGGCAGACUUGGCUUGGCAACAGGUAUUUGGACACGUACUACGAAUCAAAGCGCAAUUGGGGUAAAUAUCACACGCUCAUUCUGCCGGUGUGGAUGUAUACCCGUGGAUGUGCCGUACAACGAUGGAUAUGAUCGGCCUGGGUGAGUCUCUGCAUAGCCACCGUAUAUACACUGAUGUCGUUGUUCAGCCGCCUUAGGGUACGAGUUUCAUGUG